CCUGCUAUUUGCAGGAUGCUGUUCUGGAUCCUGGGAAAAUGGCAAAGAGGAAGGCCCCCUUGAGGAGUGACACUUCCACUGAGAUCUGACAGACAGGAAGCUGACUUGCUGGCCUGCCAAUGCAGAGGGACAUAGAGAUGCAGCGGGAACAGUGAACCAUGGAGCUGUAUUUCGGUGAAUAUCAACACGUGCAGCAGGAAUACGGCGUCCAUCUGAGACUCGCAAGUGAGGAAACCAAAAAAUCAAGGAAUUCCCAGCACACUAAGGCAGGCUCCUAUGGUGUCAGUAUUCGGGUCCAGGGGAUUGAUGGCCACCCCUACAUAGUCCUGAAUAACACAGAGCGGUGUCUGGAAGGUGCAUCUUUUUCUGAAAACGGGCCAUCAUUUUCAUCUCCAAUGAUAAAUAACCUGCCUCUGCAUUCCAGCAAUGGGUCUGUGGCAGAGGAGGACAGUGCCGAAGAAAUGCAGUUCCCAGAAAACCCAUAUGCCCAACCCACGAGCCCAGUAAGAAACCCCAAACAACCCUCUCUCCUUGAGGGCAAGAAUGGAGUUCUAGAACGCAAAGAGGGGCCAGUGAAGCCAUCCCACAUGCUGAACUUCCAGAGGCACCCAGAGCUUUUGCAGCCCUACAACCCUGAAAAGAAUGAGUUGAACUUAGGAAAUCACCAACCUUCUGAGAAUAACUGGCUAAAAACCUUAACAGAAGAAGGUACCGACGAUAAGAAGGCUUGGACUUGCUUUCCCAAACCAAGUGGUUCCCAGCCUACCAGCCCUGCUUUGGAAGACCUGGCGAAAUCCAACGUGACGGCCAUUCGUUUAUGCAGCUCUGUGGUCAUAGAUGACCCCAAGAAGCAGACCUCAGUGUGUGUGAAUCUUCAGAGCUGCACCAAGGAGGGGCCGGUAGAGGAGGCCCUUUCCCCUAGUGGGAGGCCCCUAACCGCCCACAGCCCACACAGCCACCCCGAAGCCAAGAAAACCAGACCGGACGUGCUUCCCUUCCGGCGACAGGAUUCAGCGGGACCAGUCUUGGAUGGAGCUCGGUCUCGGAGAUCCUCCUCGUCGUCCACAACUCCCACUUCGGCCAACUCUUUGUACAGAUUUUUGCUGGAUGAUCAAGAAUGCGCCAUUCAUGCUGACAAUGUGAAUCGUCAUGAAAACAGAAGGUAUAUCCCCUUCCUGCCAGGAACGGGGCGGGAUAUCGAUACGGGAUCAAUUCCUGGCGUGGAUCAGUUAAUUGAAAAAUUUGACCAAAAACCUGGGCUGCAGAGAAGAGGAAGGUCUGGGAAGCGAAACAGAAUCAAUCCUGAGGACAGGAAGAGGUCCAGAAGUGUGGACAGCGCCUUUCCUUUUGGUCUCCAAGGGAACUCGGAGUACCUAACGGAAUUUAGCAGGAACUUGGGCAAGUCCAGCGAGCAUCUCCUCCGGCCGUCGCAGGUGUGCCCGCAGAGGCCACCGGCUCCGGAGCACCGUGGGAAACAGGGCGCCGGCCGGGCCUUCGCCAGGCUGCAGGGAGCCCACCCCAGGCCUCCGCAGCAGAACAAAGAUGGGAAAGUUCCAGAAAACAAAGGUGACCAGGGAAGUUUGACCGUGAGCGCAUCCUCCCUCCCAGCACAGAAUAAAAAGGAAGAGGAAAUUAAAACAGCCACUGCUGUGCUGAUGCUGCAGAAUCGGGCACUAGCAACUUCGCCUGACUCUGGUGCCAAGAGGAUUUCUGUGAAGGCAUUUACUUCCGCCUCAAAUACUCAGGCCACUCCGGAUCUGUUAAAAGGCCAGCAAGAGCUCACUCAACAAACCAAUGAGGAGACGGCCAAGCAGAUACUCUACAAUUACCUCAAAGAAGGAAGCACCGAUAAUGACGAUGCUACUAAAAGGAAAGUCAACCUGGUCUUUGAGAAAAUCCAGACUUUAAAGUCUCGAGCAGCAGGGAGCACGCCAGGAAAUAAUCAAGCUUCUAAUUCUUCAUCUGAAGUCAAAGAUCUAUUGGAACAGAAAAACAAGUUGACCACAGAAGUGGCUGAACUUCAGAGACAGCUUCAACUAGAAGUCAAGAAUCAACAGAACAUCAAAGAAGAGAGAGAGAGAAUGAAAGCAAAUCUGGAAGAGCUCCAGAGCCAGCACGACACUAAGGUGGAAGAGAACUCAGUGCUGCAGCAGCGACUGGAAGAAAGCGAAGGAGAGCUCCGGAAAAACCUGGAGGAGCUGUUCCAGGUGAAGAUGGAACGGGAACAGCACCAGACUGAGAUCAGAGAUCUCCAGGACCAGCUCUCAGAAAUGCAUGAUGAAUUGGACAGUGCUAAACGAUCCGAGGACAGGGAGAAGGGAGUUCUGAUUGAGGAACUCUUACAGGCCAAACAGGAUCUUCAGGAUCUGCUCAUUGCCAAAGAGGAGCAGGAAGACCUCUUGAGAAAGAGGGAGCGUGAACUCACUGCCCUGAAGGGAGCCCUGAAAGAAGAGGUUUCCAGCCACGACCAGGAGAUGGACAAACUGAAGGAGCAGUAUGACGCCGAGCUGCAGGCCCUGAGGGAGAGUGUGGAGGAAGCAACUAAGAAUGUUGAGGUCCUGGCCAGUCGGAGCAACAGUUCAGAGCAAACCCAGGUGGAGGCGAAAGUGCGCAUGAAGGCGCUGCAGGAGGAGAACGAAAGGCUGCGGAAAAGCCUCGGAGAGCUGGAGUGCAGUGUGGCUCGGCUGCAGAGGCAGAUUGCUGACGCAAAAGGCGACGAAGCCAAAGCGAAGGAAUUGCUCAAGAAGUGUGAGGCAGAAAUGCAGCAAUUAGAGGAAGCCCUUGUGCAUGCAAGAAAGGAAGAAAAAGAAGCCAUGUCAGCCAGAAGGACCCUGGAGAGUGAGCUGGAAGACGCUCAGGUAAACGCUGAGGGCUGUUGUCUUUAUCCCUCCCAAAGGAAGUCCAGAGAAGCAAAAUCAGAGGGACGUGUAUGGAUUGUCAUUGGUCCUCUCCUACCAGGUAGCUCCUUUCAUGAUAAUAACCACCCUGGACUUCAAACUAUCCAUCUAGACCAGUGGUUCUUAACUGGGUGACAUUGGGCAAUGUCU